UUUCCCGUCAGCGGUCGAACUGGAAUGAGAUCCAUACUGUUGUGGUUCCAGUAGCGCCCAUGUAUGUGUCAAGAGCUGAAAUGUUGACAUUAAAUUAAUACUUGGGCGUCAUUCUGUGGUGUUAGGUGAUAGUUUUCGCUCGUUUGCAAACGGUGGGACUAUUAUGUCGGGUGCGGCCGGUGGAGGCUCCUCUAGUCUGGGCGCAGCAGCUGGAGCUAGUUGCAGCUCCGCCGGCCCUCCCUACACUGCGGCAUCCGGGGGUGGAGCAGGGGUGGCCGGUAGACUACCUGCUCGGGUCCUGGAGCUUAUUUUUUCUUAUUUGGAGCUCGCCGAUUUGACUCGAUGCGCGUUGGUGUGCUGGCAUUGGAACAACAUUUUGGCGGAUGAAAACAGCGAGGUGUGGCGCAGCCUGGCUGCUCGAACACUAAGUGAAGAAGCCCUGCGGUCUGACAUCCUGUGCAACCUCCCUUCCUACAAGGGCAAGCUCAAAUCAUUUCAACAUGCUCUGAGCUCCCAUGACUGCUCUCGCAACGUGUACGUGAAGAAGAACGGAUUCACCCUUCACCGCAACCCCAUCGCACAGAGCACAGAUGGAGCACGGGGCAAGAUUGGCUUUUCAGAAGGGCGUCACGCCUGGGAGAUCUGGUGGGAAGGCCCUCUGGGCACGGUGGCGGUGAUCGGCAUUGCGACCAAGCGGGCAUCGAUGCAGUGCCAAGGCUACGUGGCUCUUCUGGGCAGUGAUGACCAGAGCUGGGGCUGGAACCUGGUCGACAACAACUUGCUCCACAACGGGGAGGUGAACGGGAACUUUCCACAGUGUAACAAUGCACCCAAAUAUCAGAUUGGCGAGAGAAUACGAGUGAUUCUCGACAUGGAUGACAAGACAUUAGCUUUCGAGAGGGGGUUUGAGUUUUUGGGAGUUGCUUUUCGAGGACUGCCCAAAGCCUGCCUGUUCCCUGCUGUCUCCGCAGUGUACGGCAACACGGAGGUCACAAUGGUGUACUUGGGGAAGCCGCUGGAUGGCUAGGAGCUGAAUGGACGGUCCUCUCCAAAAGUAUUGGAACGACAAACGGAAAGGAAUUGACACGGCUGUUCCAAUACUUUUGGAGGGGACCAUCACUGAAGGUUGUGAAGGCCAAACCGUUCUCUUCCACCUCAGCAGCUCUUCACAUUCAUACCGGGGACUGCAGACAUUUUGACUACAUUUGAACAGCUCACGACUCCUGCGUCAGAAUUUUGACUGUGAAAAGGACUCUGUGUUUAUUCAUGUAUCAAAAUAUUGAACAUUAUCCCCCGAUUCAGUGCUGAACACGUACCACAGGUUUGUCUUGUAUUUGAAGGUCCAGGUGAACUAUUCUAGACUGUGGCAAACACUACUCAAUUAAAAAAACUGAAGCUCUAUGAAUUUGGGAAAACAGCUCAAUGUGGAAUAAUCUAUUACGUCCCGUGCUAGUUCGGAUUUGUAUUUAUGCCACAUCAACGUGACCUGACUUAGUAGUUGCCUUGCAUGAGAAGUGCCGUACGGACUAUUACAAUCCGUUACUUUUAAGUCCAUGCAUCCGGUAUGGGCAGAACCCGUAUGUCACAUCAGCGUGUCGUUUUUAAUGUGCUACUGUUGUAUUACGCUCUACUAUUUAUUUCCCUCUUUUAUCUAUGGUACUACUGGCUUCUGUACAGCUUAAAAGUUGGAGAAUAAAGUCGUUACAUGGGGCCACUGGAAA